CCGUUGAAUCAGUAAGGCUUGGACAGCAGAAGAAUAAGGUUUAAAUCGGCGGAUCAUCUCCCUUCGCGCAUUGCACCAGCCAGCGAAUGUGACUCAAAACAAAACACGCAAGGGAAUCCCGCAGAACUAUGAGAUCAAAAGCUAUCAGCACGGUACUUCCCCUGGUUUGCUUUACAUUGGCCGGGCUGUCAGCUUACCGCUGCUUGGCCGAUAAAGGAGUGAAUUGUGGGCAGCGUCAGUUGAGCUUUCUGGCUUUGAUAAAGUCGGGAAAAGCCGCAAAUGAAGGCGAUUGGCCAUGGCAUACAGCUGUUUUUAAAAAGGAUGUCGGAUACAUUUGUGGAGGAACCAUAAUUAGUGAAAACUUCAUUUUGACAGCUGCACACUGUACAACCUAUUACCGAACGCUUAUUCCACCAGAUAAUUUCCUCGUCAAAUUGGGCCUUCAUAACAAAAGUCAUCCAUAUGACCACACGGCAACCCUUGAAAUUGUAGAGGUCAUUCGGCACAAUGAUUUCAACACGGAAAAUAUGAAAAAUGAUAUUGCGUUACUUAGGACCGAAGAUGAUAUCGUAUAUUCUGAUUAUAUACAACCGAUCUGCCUGUGGCCUCAGGACAGGUCAAGUUUGAACGAGGUUUUAUCAUCCAGCGGUUACGUUAUCGGUUGGGGACUAGGAGACGAAGACAAACCCAUCGAUAUCCUGCAAGAAGCAACACUUUCCGUGGUAGAUCGUGCCACGUGCCUGAAGAGCAAGCCAUUGCAUUUCGAGAAACUGCUUUCGGAAAAUAACAGCAACUUUUGUGCUGGUAACCGUAACGAGACAAAUGUGUGCGAUGGUGAUAGCGGUGGUGGAAUGUUUUUCGAGCUUGGCAAUGCUUGGUACAUACGAGGUUUGGUCAGUACCGGAGUUCGUUCCAAAAACAGCAGACAUUGCGAUCCUCAGCAGUUCGUAGUUUUCACUGAUAUUCCGUAUUAUCUGAAGUGGAUGCACGAUCACCAACAGAUGGCUAAGAAACGAAAUUUACUAGAUUUGGGUAAUUGUGGACUAGAUGAACAUAGCUUGACAACGGAAGAAAUUGACAAACCAGUAUUUUUACAAUAUCCUUGGACUGCAAUGCUGGAGUUCAAAGGAGAUUUAUCCACGACUAUUCACCCAUUCUGCAAUGGAGCACUCAUUCACCCUCAAUUCGUAGUCACGGUUGGACAUUGUGUGGAUAGCAAUUUUAAAAAGUACAAACUUAAAUCGGUUCGCUUGGGAGAAUACAAUCAGAAGACGAACCCUGAUGUCGGUAAAAAGAUAAACGGAAGGGAAGUCAGUACUAAUAUACAAUCAAUCGAUAUAGAAAAGGUGUUCAAGCAUCCAGAGUUCAAUAAACCACGCUACGAUAACAACAUUGCACUGCUGAAAUUGAAAUUCCCUGCCGACAUUGAUCGACCCAAUGUGAAACCAAUUUGCAUUCCAACUCUAGAAGAUCAUAAUGAGCAGUACGUUGUCAGCGGUUGGAAACGUGUUGGCAAAGAGUCUCAUGUUUUGACUAGAGACUUGACUCUGCUGGAAGAUGCUGACACUUGUAGAGAAGUCUACAGGAAGUUCAAUAUUCAUACGUCGGUGAACCACAUCUGUGGAACGUAUUUCCAGGAAGACAUCCAGCAAUGUUUCCAUUUUAUGAGUGGUGCACCUAUGCAGUACGUAAAACGAGUUGACCAGAAAAAUCGUUACUUUCUGAAAGGGGUGUUCUCGUUUGGAUUUCCUGGUUGUAUGCUGAACUAUACAGACGUCUUUACGAGUAUCCACAAAUAUACCGACUGGAUAUCAAUAAUCGUUGAUCAAGAAACAUAAAGAAGAUAGUAGCAAAAUAAACUGGUUUUAAGCGCCUUAGUAAAAUUUUGAA